AUGACAUUGACGAUGUCGCAGGCGCAAGGUGCAGCGGCAUCUGCGUGUCCGAACUGCGGUAUCGGUCUUCCUGAUCACUCGGCCAUAGCAUUAGACGCACAGAAGCAAAUCGAGGAUCUCCAAGCCCAAGUCCGACUGCUAACACAGAAGGCCACAAAUGCAGUCGACAGGUGGGCAGACUACGAAGACGAGAUCCAAGAACUGAAGGCACAGAACGCUCGACAUUCCGAGGAAGCAGCCCGCGCAGAAGCAAGCAGUCCAAACCGUUCCUCAUACCUACCAGUUCAGAACCGUCUCUCCUCCUUCUUAGCACGCAAAUCGACGCCGAAUCUAAAGAGCCCCGCGCCGCCGAGUACGCCUUCAGCUACGGAUCUGGCCGCUGCUUUGACGAGGGAGCAGGCAUUAAGACAGGCCGCAGACAAAAAACUCGAUGAGGCGAGCGGAGAGCUGGAGGAACUGAGCGCACAGCUUUUCAUGCAGGCUAAUGAGAUGGUUGCGACGGAGCGAAAGGCACGCGCGAAACUGGAAGAACGAGUUGCGGUCUUGGAGAGUAGGGAUGGGGAGAAGAGGAAGCGGUUGGAGAGGCUGGAGGGAGCGGUUGCGAGGAUCGAGAGGGUUCGAGGAUUGCUUGCGCCGGGGAGAUGA